AUGAGUACAACUAAAUUCAAGUCUGGGCUCAUGCUCGGGGGACUUAAGUCUCCAAGACAGCCAAGGAGAGUGCCUUCCAUUCUCCUAUCUAUCGGUUCAUCCACCGGUUGGUCGCUUCUACCAUUUUGUCACAAAGAGGAGUGUGGCAAGAUACUAUUUCGGGAGGUGGACCAACCUUGGAGGAUUUCAGAGGACGACAUCAUGGAGCGAAUUCAACAGGUGGAGUCGGAGGACAUCCUUAAGAUUUCCUUCAUUAGGUGUCAGAGGCCUAGAUACACAGAGCCUGACCAGUCCAUGCCGAUUUUGCGUGAUGUAAUGCAACAUUUACUUGCUGCAUAG